AUGAGAUCUCUUUCGGAGGAAGAGAAUGACGAAAGUGAGGAAGAUUAUGAUAAUAUAUAUGUUGCUAGUUUUAUUGCUGCUAGGAGUAGAAAGGAAACUCCCAAAGAUCCCACUCUUAAAAGACCUACUACUAGACUGCAAAAGAAGGAAGCACUUGAGUCAGUUCUUAAGAAAAAUAAAGAUGAAAAGAAGAAGAGAAGGUUGGUGAAGGGUGGGAAACUGGAGAAUGAGGAACCUGGUUCAGUAAUUCAUAAGUCCUCUAAGAAACCUGCAGUUCCAAAACUAAGGAGAGAGACAUCUAUGAAAAAUGUUGAGGUGGAAGAGUCUGGUGAGAGGGUGUCUGAGAAGUAUGGUGAAAAGGUGUCUAGAAAGUCUGGUGAAAACGGGUUAGAGAAGUCUAGUGAGAAACUGUCUAGAAAAUCUAUAGAGAAAGGGAAAAGUGUGAGAAAGUAUGUGAAAGGAAAGGGUAGUGUCAAUAAGGAACCUGGUUCCUCCAAGAAAGCUAAGGUGGGUGCGGCCAAGGAUGAAGGAAGAGAAAACCUGAUAAAAUAG